CGGUUACCGAGCGAUACGACGUAGUUGAGUUGCACUUUCUCAGGCGGCGCGUCGGAAAAUGCAACACAGCAACACACGAAAAAGGCUGGGAUGGCCUCUCAGGUUUCUCUCUGGUACUUCUGGUAGUACUAAUUUCGAAAGCGAAUAUAUACUAGCGGUAGUGUGUAUGUACAGGGGCUUUCGACUUUCGACUUUCGACUUCGACGGUCCCACAAAAAAGGCCGGGAUCCGGGAUGGCUUCUUUCAUCAGGCUUCUCUGCUUCUCUCUGCUUGGACUUUGAUCAAACUACAAUUAACUUGAUCGGCGAUUAAUUCAGCCGACAGACGUGCUUAAACAAGUGUCUAACUGUAUCACGUGCCCUUAAUCUAGGCCUUUUCGUCCACCUGUUAAGCAACAAAAAAUUAAUAAUAGUACAAAUAUUGCUCAAAUUGAUCCGAUUUAAAUUAAUAAAGUCUUAUCUCUUGAACGCAAGAAGCGCAAGCAAGUGCAGCUGAAACAGAAAGAAACACUCCCCUUCCCCGUCUAUCUGUCGCGCGUUAUGUCCUCUUACGGCACGUGCGGACGUCCGGACGUGCGUCGUGCGGACAGUACGUGCGAAGUGUGUGCUGUGAGGUGAACAUAACCUCAAGGCGCGUCAUUAUGCAUAAUCGAGCCGCGACGGGCGGCCCGCGAGUGUUUUGAGGUCGUCGCGACGAGAUCGCGCGCGUACGUCGUCGCCUCGCCGUUUGCUUAACUAAAAGAAACGGGAAGACAUGACGAUCGCCAGCGUCUUGCGGCGGCUGGACGUCACGAGGUUCGCCGGAGUCAGACAUUUAAGUACAAAACCAAAAUUUGGUUUGCUUUUCGACAUUGACGGUGUCAUAAUACGUGGAAAACAAAUACUGGCGCCGGUAAAAGAGUCUUUCAAACGACUUCAAGGGGACAAUGGAAAAUUUCGCGUUCCCACGCUAUUCGUUACUAACAGCGGAAAUUCACUGCGUAGUCAGAAAGCAGCAGAGCUGUCAAAGUGGAUAGGCGCCGAAGUUACGGAGUCGCAAGUUGUCCUGGCUCACUCACCAUUGCAAAUGUUUGACAAUCUUCAUAAUAAACAAGUUCUCAUAUCGGGUCAAGGUCCAAUAACGGAUAUAGCCCGAGAACUGGGCUUCAAGAAGACGACAACUAUAGAGGAACUAGUGAAAAACUUUCCAUGCUUAGAUUACAUAAACCUGAAGAAAAGAAAUCCGAUUUGUGGUCCAAUUGAUCCAAAUUUCCCGCAAAUCGAGGGAAUCUUGCUCUUAAGCGAGCCAAUAAAUUGGGAAACGUCGUUGCAAUUAAUGGUGGAUCUUCUGCUUACCAACGGGAUGCCCACAGGAUUGCCUACUGCUAUUCCGUAUCCGCACAUUCCAGUGUUGGCAUGCAACAUGGAUUUGCUUUGGGCGUCGCAGGCGCCGAUUCCGCGAUACGGCCACGGUGCUUUCUUAUUGUGUCUUGAGAACUUGUACAAGAAAGUUACAGGCAAAGACAUGACAUACGUUGCUCUAGUCGGAAAACCUAGUGAGAUUACAUAUUACCAUGCCAAUCAAAUGCUCGUUAAUCACGCCAGAAGCAUUGGCAUUGACAAUAUCGACACAAUUUAUGCUAUUGGCGACAAUAUCAAUACCGAUAUUUUCGGCGCGAACCUGUACGACAAGUAUUUAUCCCGUUACGAGUCCGGGGAAGGUACUAAGUCCCGUAGUCUCGAGAAACUCCUUGGAAAGAACAUGAGGGAUCCCAGCGCGAAGGCCUGCAUUAGUAUUUUAGUCGAGACUGGUGUGCAUCAACGAGAUUCCAAGUUUAUACCCGAACACAGUCCUAGGGAUUUCUUGCCGGUCGACGAUGGCCUAUGUAAACCGGCGUUCAUCGUGAAGGACGUCGGGCAAGCUAUCAAUCUGGCGUUUAAAGAAGAAAAGUUUGAAUAAGUUAGUGCAUAAUAGAUAGCCUUGGGAUAUUCAUAUCCUUAUAUCGUCGGAGAAAAAAAGAAUGAAAGAGAGAGAAAGAGACAAAGAGAGGGAAUGUGCAAGAUAAUGUGAGUAUUAUAGCAAAUAAUCUUUUAGAAAGUGUUAGCCUUCAUCAUAGAUGACAUUUUGCAGCAGAGAAACAGAAAAUAGCAGGAGAGGCUAUAAUACGUUAUGAAAGUGUAGUAUAUUUAGUUUGCUCCUUUUUCAAUGUCUUUCUGAUUUUUUAAAACUGCCUACUUGACAAAGAAAAAAAAACGAAUUUUAGCGCGUUACAGCGAACUAUAUUAACUAUAUCAAUAGGAAAGAAUUAGGUGAAGACGAAAUAAAUUCAGAUUAAUUUAUACUGUAGAUAGAACAAUAAAAAGAGGAUAUUGCUAUAUUAUUGUUACACACAUAUUGAGACGAUAAAUACACGUGUGUGUGUAUAUAUAUGUAUAUGUAUACACAUGUGUAAAAUGGAUUUUUUUUACGAAUUUUAGUACAUUUAUGACUAUUAAAAUGAAACUUUGUUCAGACAACAAUCUGAUAUGUGUCCGAGACAUAAUUUUAUAGCUAUUUAAUACUGAAAUUUUAUUAGAGGGUUUGAUACAUUGUACAUGAACCACCUCUAAGCACAUGUGUUAUUAUAGAUAAUAAUUAUACCGUAGUUGUACAGUAAACUGAGCUGAAUGUAUUUUGUUCGCAAAGUGCACUGUGCUCUACGCCUCUCUUAGUCAAAAGCAAUGCAAGAUAUGCAAAGUGAUACGUAUAACGCUCCUAUAGUGAGUAAAUAAUAGGCAUAAUUUUGAUUCAAUUGCUCUUAAAACUCGCAGCUAACAUACACUACGUUCCGAGCAUUAUAUGCAAAAGUAUAAUCUAUACUAAAAGUAACAUAUAGAUUAUACUUCAUAAUAUUUCGGUUUUUUUUCUUCAUAUUAUAUAUGUAUAGUAUAAUCAGGUCUAGUCUUGAAAUGCAGCUUGUUAGCGAAUGUGAGUAAAAAAAAAGAGAGUAUAGAGAAAGACUUUUGUUGCUGCAACAGACCAAGAUUAAGAGAGAUUGUUGCCUUUGGUCGUGAAAAUAAAUGUACUAAAAUGAAUGAAUUCGAAACAAUUGACGAGAAUUUAUUCUGCGAAAUUAUAUCGUUAAUUUUUGAAAGCAAAGUCUGGUGUAUGUAAAAUUUAUAAAAGAUCGUUUUAAAGAAUUGUAGGAUUCGCUUCUCAAUUUUGAAGAUCUGAAAUUUAAUUCUAUAGAGUAAAUUCCUGUCCAUUCUUCUCUCGAUUCAUUUAUUUCUUUUUGCACAAGAUCUCGAAAUGUGUAAAUAAUAUUUUAGGAACAAAUUGUUCAAUGAUUAAUUAAUGAUUAAUAACGAUUUGAAAAUUAAUUGAUUCUAAACUGAAAUACUUAUCCUUAAAGUGCCAUUCAUGCGUGCUGAGACAGCUUGUAUAUAAAAGUUGCAUGAAUCAAUGACAAGCUAAUCCGAAGAUAAAAGCGCACGUUUAUAUUUUGUACUUGCCCUUAUAUAGCGCAAUUUUGACACAAUGAUAAAAUCAGAUAUAAUCACCAACAAUGCGUUAAUGUCCGUCGAGACAAAGACUGACCAGUUAAAUAGGGUUUAAAUGAACAUCGUGAACAAACCGGCUUAUCAUUCAUUUGCGACAAUGAGGUAUCGUGCAACGGUCAAAGUGCUACAACGAUCACAUGCUAAUAAAAGUUCUGCCUCUGUCGCCAGCAUCACUUAAUAGUUAACGAAAAAAAGAGAUACAUUAUACUAAAUACAAACACAUACAUACAAUACAUACACACAUAUAUAAUCUUUAAUUAUUUUCUAAAAUCAUUAUAUAUAUUUAUUUACGUUUAAAUAUAAAUAUAUAUUGAAAAUUAUAAAAUUUUUAUAUAUUUUUAUAUAUGUAUAUGUAUAUUAUAUACGUAUGGAAUACAGUAGCGGAUCUUGAUGUCGAUAAUGGGAGAGGCAAAAUUAUUCGGUAAAAUUAUUUGGUUUGAUAUUUUUCUUAAUAUAUCACGCUUAGUUUUUACUCCAGAAUCAACGACGAGAACGUGGUGAAACUUCUGGUUCUGCUUUAACGUUUAAUCCAUUCUUUCCCAGAUUUUUUAAACAGAUUCAGCAAAACUUAUUUUUUUUUUAUUUCGAAGGAGGGAGGUUAUCUCCCCCUCAGGAUCCACCAGUGUAUAUAUAUAAAUUAAUACUUAUACAUAUUAAUAAAUUGAUACCAUACACAUUAAUAAUUACACAUAUUUCUCCUAUUCACAAACAUGGAUAAUACAUACUUUAGUGUGGUGUAUCUCUCUUAUAUUCAAGACAGUUAUUAUAUGUGUAGAAAGUAAUGCGUUUUAUCGAGGGCAAUAUAUCAAUAUUAUAUCUCCUAAUUAUAUCAAAUGUAGAAUUCUCAUGAUGUAGACUCUGUGACUUUUAUGGAGCAAAUUAGAAUUUAUUUUAAUAAAU